AUGGACCCCGCUGACACGUUGAAAGCCAACGACGAUUUGGAAAAUGGAUCGCCUAACGAUGAUAUUGAAAUAUGCCCUCACCUUAAGGAGGCGGAGUGUACUCAGCCAGCUGAAGGUACUCAGGAAACACCAGAUCUCACGGAUGGUGACAACAUUACCUCUGAAAAGGAAACAGUACAACAGCAAAUAUGGUUUUGUCUUGCUUGUGGUAAACCUCAUUGUGGUCGCUAUGAUAAAGAACAUUCGAGUCAACAUUUUAACAAAAAUAAGGCACACACGAUUGUAAUGAAACUGGACACGUCCGAAACUUGUCAUUGUUCUCAUUUACCAAUAUUUUAUAAUACGAUUUAUUAUAGGUGCUAUUCAUGUGAUAGGUCGAUAAUUUCUUCUAAUGGAAAAAAUCAAGUUAUCAAUCAAGCACGAAACAUUGUCUUAAAGUUUGUUAAAUUGGAUAAUCACGUCAAAGCCCCAGUUCAUGUAUCAAAUGCAUCUACCAAAAACGACAUGAAAGCUCGCUACCAAACUGCCGCUCCCGGAUUGGAAAACCUUGGCAACACUUGUUUUUUUAAUUCAUUUAUGCAGGUUGUGGUCGCGACUUCAAUUUUACGUGAUAUCCUACAACCUGACAAUCCAUAUCAAAAAUUUCCUUUCAUUAAAGCUGAACGGUGCCCUGCAGCUGAGGCUGAAUAUGUGGGUCCAUUAACUGAUGCGUUUAAAAAAUUCUUGAAGGUCAUGUGGACGCAACAAGGAGGAAUUGUCAAUCCUCGCGACUUGUUCACCGAAAUAGCAAGGAAAUGGAAGGAGUUUCGUGGGUGGAGACAACAAGAUAGCCAAGAACUCAUGCAUUUAAUGUUUGACAGUAUUAAGGAUGAAGAGUUUGAGUUCAUAAAAAAGAUACAAUCUCAUGAAGAUAAGGAAGAAGAGUCAGCAACGGAAGAUAGAGAAUUGAUCAAAGAGCAAGACGAUUCUUCCAGUGAAAAAUCUCUACAACAAAAGCCUGAAUCUUUCAUUGAUGUUUGUUUCGAAGGAAGGCUAGUCAGUGUUAUUGUUUGUGACACUUGCAACAAUGAAUCUUAUUCAUAUGAAAAGUUUUUGGACGUACCAUUGCCGAUACAAUCUCCUUUCGGUGAUGAUCAAAAUAAAGGAUCUAAACAGAUGUCCUUAAGCGGCGUAGUAACAAAAACUAUUAGUAAUUCUAUUAAUUAUUUAUCGAGGAGUCGGAGUAAUGACAACACAUCUCCACAAGAGUCACCUACAGACGAUUCUUCUCGAAGCGGUGAUGACUCUAGCGAUGAUGGAUUCGAAGGAAAUGGUGAAUUCAAAGAUAGCAAUAGGGACAAUGAUGCUGAAAAUGGAAUAGGAAUUGCGAAAAUUUCAAAAGAUCGAAGGAAGCGAAUAAAAAUGCUUCUCAGGCAACCAACAAAGCCUGGUCGAUCCACAUCAAAUUCAACCAGGGAUAUUACUCUCGUCGAUUGUCUUGCAAGUUUCAUGAAAGUCGAAACUUUGGAUGGAGAAAAUCAAUUUCAAUGUGAAAACUGCUGGAAAUUAGAACACCCUUCUGAAGAACCAAGUAGUAAUGGUACGAGUGGAGAUUCUGUGUUUGAAGAACAAUCGAAUGACAUUAGUGUUGGAAAGAAUGACCAAGUUGAAAAUCAUGUAGAAACUCGUGAUUUAUUGAGAACACAGCUGGAAGACGACGAUGAAGAAAUUUAUGCUGCAGUGGUGGAUAACACAGGUUUUUCAGAAACUACACCUAAUGACGUUGGCGAUACAACAAUGGUUGAUGAUUCACAACCAUCAGAACCUGCACCAAUGUCACUCUCUUCGGAUGACCCGAAUUCUUCAUCAGAAACUACACCUGAGUCUUCAUCUAAUGCACUAAUUGUUUAUCCGGAUAACCAUCUAUCAUCGGAAACUACUCCCGAGUCUUCGUCCUCUGCACAUACUAUGAUGAAUGAUACACCGCUAUUGUCAGAAACUAAUAACGAUUUACAAUUAGAUGGUGAACGUUCUUCAGACAUUAGUGAAGAUUCAAAUGACCAAACAGCUGAUCAACCUAGUUCGACAAAUUAUGUUAAUAAUAACCCUGACUCGUUCUCUGUUGAUAAUAUAAUCUCAUCCGCAAUACCUUCAUUCUCGAAACCUUUAAAGAAGGAAUCACUGCCUCAGCUUCCAAAAUACAGUUUUAGGAAGGCUUAUAAACGUUAUCUAUUUGAUUCUUUGCCCCCAGUGCUAGUUUUUACUUUGAAACGUUUCGAGAAAGUCGAGGGUCGAUUUUACGGCAUCACAAGAAAGAUUGACGAUUUUGUGGGUUUUGAAGAAGAAAUUGACGUUCAGAAUUUUAUUGUUCCAUCCGAAAAUGAAGAAAUGGAAGAGGAAGAUGACGAUAGUGGAUCUGAAUCUCCAUCUGAAUCACGUAUCACUAAAUAUCGGCUUUAUGGAGUCGUAGUACAUUUAGGAAGUCUUUCUAAUGGACACUACAUUGCUUAUGUUCUUUCAAGGAAUAUUGUUUCUAUGAGAGAACAAUAUGGUGUGCCGUAUUUAUCCGACGAUGGUUAUAAAGAAGUCGAAAAGAUAACAGAGACAGUGGGUGAAGGGCAAAGGCAAUGGAUUUAUUGCAGUGAUAGUUCAGUGCAUGCGGUAAAUGUUGAAGAAGUUCUUAAAAGUAUGGCUUAUCUUUUAUUUUAUGAGCAAGUUCAAUAA